AUGCACCGUUCACCCUCCAUGCCAGCUGCCGCAUAUGGCGGGGCCACGUCAUUGUUGUCCACGUCACCGCCUCCAGGCCAAGCAGACGGCUUUUCUUACGUCAGUCCUGCCGGCAUCGACGUCACCGCAACCCGUUCGGACCCCUCAUCCAUAUCAAACCUCUCCCGAACCUCCACCGGACCUCCGCUCUCCCAAGCCUCUACCGGGCGGUCUCUCUCCCGAGCCUCCAGCGGAGGCUUGAGCAGCAGCAGCUGGACCGGCGUUCCGCCUUGGGACUGGCCGGAGUCUCUAGCGCCCGCUUUUGUGGCGGGAGCAGCGGGCAGCGGCGGUGGCGCAUGGGGGACAGCGGGUGGGGGAGGCGGAGCAUGGGGGGCAGUGAAUGGGUCAAGGGCGGGAGGGGCGGCGGGGGGAGGUGGCACGGGAGAGGGCGCGCAGCAGCAGGGGAGCUUGCAGGGAAAGCCGGCCUUGGGAAUGCACUCUGUCGGCGGGUAUAUGCUUCCUGGGAGCGGGUAUGGCGGGGCUGCUGCUGGUGGUUUGGGGGGAUGGGGAGGGCCAGGGGCCUUCAACGGAGGGGGAGGAGCAGGGGGCGCAGGCGGAACGGGAGGAGCAGUGGGAGCGGUGGAAGCAGGGGCGGUGGCAGCAGGGGGAGGUGGGAUUGGGAUCGGAACGGAGGUGGGAUUUGGCCGUCAAUCCUUCCUUGCAGCUUCCUCCACGUCCCCCCCUAACAUCACCCGUUCACUCACAGACCCUCGCAUCUUCGCCCCCCGCCAGGCCCCCUGGCACGCACCCGCGCUCUCCCCCUUUCCCGCUUCCGCCUCCCCCCCGCCUCCCCCUUCCGCCUACUCCCCGCCUCCCACGUCCGCGUUCCCACCGGGCUUUCCCCUGCUGUCCGUUGACCCCUUGUCCCCGCUGGGGGCGGGCGCGGACCUGCUGCUCUCCCCCACGCGCCCGCUGCCGGUGUGCCCGGCCAAGGGGCAGUGGGUGCGCGGCAGCCAGAUCGGCGCAGGGGGCUUCGGGAAGGUGUUUCAAUGCGUGAGUAGCAUGACAGGAGAGGUGUUCGCAGUGAAGCAGGUGGCUUUGGAUCGCUCCGAUGCUGAGUUCAGGGGCGACCACUCCAUCGAACAGCUCAAACAGGAGAUCAUGCUGCUUAGUCGCAUCAACCACCCCAACAUCGUGCAGUACCUCGGUUGUGAAAUCGACGACAAGUACCUGUACAUAUUCCUGGAGUACGUGGAGAUGGGGUCCAUCCCCAACGUGCUGAAGAAGCUGCCAGUGCGCCCCCACGCGCUGCUCAGCAAGUAUGUGCGCCAGGUGCUGCAGGGACUCGCCUUCCUGCACUCCAUGGAGUUCGUCCACCGGGACAUCAAGUGCAGCAAUAUCCUGGUGGACAAGAGCGGUACCAUCAAGCUCGCUGACUUUGGCCUUGCCAAGCAUUACUCAGCAUCGUUGGACAUGACGGGCUGCCGUGGCACUGUCUGGUGGAUGGCACCUGAGGUUAUCAAUGCAUCGGGAGGCUACGACUGGGCGGUGGACAUAUGGUCGCUGGGCUGCACGGUGAUAGAGAUGGUCACGCUCUGGCCGCCCUGGUUCCACCCCGCCUCCGGCUGCCCCAUCUGGGGCCGCGGCUUCGGCCCUGAAACGGCCUUCAUGAAGAUAGCAGGAACGCAGGUGCCUCCGCCCAUCCCACCGGGUCUGUCGGAGGAUCUCGCAGACUUCAUCGCCAGCUGUCUGCACCUCGACCCGCGCCGCCGCCCCGCUGCUACGGCCCUGCUGCGCCACCCCUUCGUGCUCGCACACUCCCCUUACUCCUCCCCAGCAUCAGCACGAAAUCCUCAGGUGUACCCACCCCUUCCCACCACCAUCUCCACCACUUCCCACCGCUCUUCAUCCCACUCCUCUCGCCUCUCCUCACCCUCCCAGGCUGCCUUCGAGUCGACUCACAAGCCCCGCUCCUCCUCCCGCUCCUCCUCCCGCAUCUCAUCCCCCUCCCAGGCACCUGCUCCCUUCCCCUUCCCCCCUUCAUCCUCUACCAGCCCCCGGUCAGAAUCAGCCCUCGUUACUGUCACAGCGCAUGGGCAGCAGGGGCAGACGCAGCAGGGGAAAACACAACAGCAGUGGGCUCAGCAGCAGCAACAGCAGCGGCUAGCUCCCCUGUUCACGGGUUCUGUACCAAGAACAGGAAUCUUAGGGUUGCAGCAGCAGCAGCAGCAGCAGGCACAGCAGCAGGCAGAGAGGCGAAGCUCCAGCUUGCAGGACCUCACUGCAAACCCCUCCUCCCCACCUGCACCCCUCCCUCCUCCCUCUCUCCUCCCCUCAAACCCCCCACACUCCACAUCCCCUUCUCCUUCUGCCCAAACCUCCCUCUCCAUUUCCAUCUUUUCAAAAUCCUCCGCCCCCUCCGCGUCCUCUGCGUCGUCCCCACUGGGGAACCCCAGGCUGCAGUCGUCGCGGUGGGCAGAUGUGUCCACUGCCACGCCUGAUGCACCCGCUGCUGCUGCACUGCUUCACACUCACGCUAUGCCUGCUGCUCCACCUCAGGCUGGGGCUGGGACUGGGGCUAGGGUUAGGGCUGGGGCUGGGGUUGGGGUUGGGGUUGGGACUGGGGUUGGGGUUGGGGUUGGUUUGCAAGGAGGUGGGGGGUCUGGUUCCCUGGCCCCCUCACUCCUCAUCUCUGUGCCUCCCCUCCCACUCCAAGCCACCCCCGCUGCAGCUGCUGCCAGCGGUGUAAAGCCAGAGGAGCGGGAGAGAGAGCGGUGGUGGGCGAAGCAGGGAAAGGCUAUGCUACGAGAGGAGAGAGAGAGGGGGUGUGAGGAGGAGGAGGAGGGGGGAAGUGUGCAAGGAAGGCAGGGAGAGGGGGCGCAGCGAGGUGUGAUAGAGGUGGAGCAGAGGGGGCAGGGAGGGGGAGCGCAGCGAAGGCUGUUGGAGGCAGCAGCAAGGGCAGCAGCAAAGGCAGCUAGAGAGUGGAGGGAGGGAGGAAGUGACGUGGCACUGGAUGCUGACCUGGCAGUGGCGCCUUCUGACGGUGAUGGGGAUGGUGGACAUGAGGGGAGAGGUGCAAGUGAGCAGAGUGGGAGAACGAAGUGGGAGGAGAGGGAGAAGAAGAGCGAGAGAGGAAGUGUGACGGGAAGAGGGAGUGAGCGUGAGAGCAGGGAAGAGAGUGGGAGGGAGAGUGGGAGGGAGAGUGGGAGGGAGAGUGGGAGGGAGAGUGGGAGGGAGAGUGGGAGGGAGAGUGGGAGGGAGAGUGGGAGGGAGAGUGGGAGGGAGAGUGGGAGGGAGAGUGGGAGGGAGAGUGGGAGGGAGAGUGGGAGGGAGAGUCGCAGCGGCAGGGCGAGUAGCAGAGCGAGCAGUCGGGGCAGUGAGGGCGCUAGCAGUCCCAGCCACAAGCGGGGCAGGUCAACGCGGGAACAUAAGGCAAACCGUGAAGGCAGAUCAUCUGGGGAAGGCAGGUCGCCUAGGGAAAGCAAAUGGCGCUUUCCCCUCUUUGGCAGGUCCAGCAGCUGGGCAGGGGCAGGGCGGCACGAUGGUGAGGCAGGCGCAGGGCAGCUGGUUGGUGGACAGGCGACCGGCAGGAAUGGGAAUGGAUGCGAGGCGGCAGGAAAGGGAGAUGAAGAGGCGGGGAGCAGGGGGCGGAUUGGCUUGAGUGUGAGGGAAAGGUCACGGCGGGAUGGAGGGGAGGAGGCAGCACAUGGGGGAGAGAGAUACAGUGCGCUGCGAGGAGGGUUGGAGAGAGGUGGAGGGGGGGAUGAGGCUGAGAGUGAAUCUGCUGCCCCUCCCUCCUCUCCCCGCCGUCUUACAUCCCCCUCUUCCCCCUUCCCCUCUUCCCCCGCCAACUCCGCUCCAUCACCCCCUGCUCCUCUCUCCCCCCCUGCUUCACCCUUCCCUGCCUCUCGCCCACUCCCUCCCAACCCUGCAGAUCCCCUCUCUCCCUCCCCUGCGAACCCUCUCUUGAAUAACAAUCCCCCCCACCACCGCUCCUCCCUCAUCUCCCUCCCGGCACCCACCAUCAGAGUCAUGGACCCCAUUGUACCUCACCCCACAGCACCACAACCCACCGCUCCACAACUCACUGCACCUGAUCCAGUCGCCCGUGAGCCAGCUCAGAGUGGACGGGCAGAUGCAGGCUCAGAUGUAGACGCGCCAAGGAAGAACGCUGCUGCUGCGGCAGCCCCUUGGAUUGGAAGGGCGAGUGCAGCCUCCGAUGUGGAAAGGGAUCACGAUAAUCUCGCUGCUGCUGCUGCUCGGGUUGGAAGGGCGGAUCCAGCCUCAGAUGGGGACAUUACAAGGCAGAGGCAGGGUGGCGGUGAGAAGAAGGGGCGGGAGAGAGUGCGGGAGCCAGUAUCCCUGUGGCAGAAGUUCCAGGAGUUGAAGGUGGGGGGAGGGGUUCCCAGUGGGGAAGCACGAGCGGAUGCAGAGAGGCGAGGAGAAGCAGCGAGAGAGGGAGGUGUGGAGAGACAGCAGGUGGAAUCGGGGAGAGAGGUGGCAGCAGCGUCACAGCCGAGCAGUGCGCUUCUCUCAAGGCCGGGCAGUGCAUCGGAGCAGACUUGUUUUGACGCACCUCACAAGCUGGCAGCGACGUCACAACCGACCAUGGGAGGGACAAUGGCUGUGCCAGCAGCGGAAGGUGGGGCGAUGGAAGAGUUAGAGGAUCUGCUGGGUCCUCCGAGCAUUGUGGUGCCGCAGAGAAAGAUUCUCAAACACUUCGUGCCGCUGCCCACUGCUGCUUCUGCUGCUUCUGCUGCUGCUGCUGCUGCUGCCGCUGCUGCCCCUCUGCAAGCACCACCACCUGCUUUUACCGCUCCUGCUACUACUGCCACCGCGCAGCACUCCUCCUCUGCCUCCUCUGAGGCGCUCUCCUCGCAACAUUCCCUCUCCCAAUCCUUCCACUUCGUCUCUCCUCCCUCCUUCCUGCCGCCCCGUUCCCCUGCUUUCUCCAUCCAUCCACAAACCACCACAGCCCCCGCUGCUUCCCUCCCGCUCUCUCACUCGUCCUCGUCUACUUCUUCUCCCUUCCCUCCCUUCCCUACGCCCCCCACCAACCGCUCUGUCUCUCUGACUGCUGCUACCGCCUCUCAUUCCCCACCCUCCUCCUUCACUGCCUCGCCUGAUCACACCCACACUGCUGCUGAAUCCACUCUCCCUUCUCACCUGCCAAUAACACCAUCAGCACCACCAGCACCACCAGCAACAUCAACACCAUCAGCACCACCAGCACCAUCAGCACCAUCAGCACCACCAGCACCACCAGCAACCACGUGGGGAGGAGGAGCAAGCGUAUUGGUCCCCACCAUUCCGCCAUCUUUCACCCCAUCUCCACCUCCCACUUUCCCCGCACCAUCCCCUUCCCAGACCACACUUGAGGCAUUUCAAAAGCCAUCUCCACCACCUGCUUCACCCUUCCCACCCCUCUCCACCACACCAUUGUUUGCAUCAUCUGCCCCAAUCCCAGUUCCACAUCCCUCCACUCCACUCCCCCCCUUCACAUCCUCUUCUGUCCCUCCCCUCUUCCCCCCUGCACCGUUCCCCCCCUCACUGCUGCUACCUUCUCAUCCGCCCUUCCCUUCAGUAUCCCCCUCUCCCCCGCCCGUCCCCACCACCGCUCUCCUGCCACCCACUCCCGUUCAAUCGCCCCCCACUCUCCUGCAAUCCACUCUCCUGCAAUCUGCUUCCCCUCAAGGCGUAACCAGAAGCACAGGCACACACAGCAGUGCGCUUGCAUGCAGCAGCACCAGUGACUCGGUGAGUGAGGGGCCUGGUGGGAGCGGGGAGGGGAGGGCGAGUGGUAUUGGUGGGGAGGAGGGCGAGCAGCAGUACUACCAGCGGAGCAGGCAGAGGAGGCGGCGGAGAAGCAGACAGGUACCAUCCUCCUCGUCGAAUGUUCUAAUCACGCUAUUAGACGGCUCGAUAAGAGCCGUAGACUCGCGAACCGGCGAGGUGAAAUGGACCUUCGCGUCCGGCCAGCCGCUCGUCUCCGCCGCCGGUCCAGCGCAGGGAGCAGGAGCGGAACGGGGACUGGCGGAAGGGGGGCUGGCGGAAGGUGCAGGGAGGAGGGGAGCGGAAGAGAGUGCGCAAGCGGGAAAGGCUAGGCAUGCGACGGCGGAACGAUGGGGCAGGGGAGAUGAGGUGGACUGGGACUAUGAGGAGGAUGAGGACGAGGAGGAGGGAGAGGAGGAGUGGGGAUGGGGGGGAGUGAGGAGCGGAAGGGAGAAUGGUGCGCAUGGCGGUGGGGGUGGCGGGAGUCUCGGGAGUGGGAAGAGUAGCGGGAAGGGGGAGGCGGGAAAGGGGAGGGGGAGAGGAGGGGGCAAGGAGAUGGUUAUUCCGGGGGUGAAUGGGCGCCUGUACUCUUACAGGGAAGGUCUUGGCUUGCAGGAGCUGCCCGUAACAGCCAAAGAGCUCGUCUCCGCCUCGCCUUCAGUCACCCGCGACGGCGCCACCGUGAUCGUUGGAUCGCAGAAAUCAACGGCCUUCCUGCUCGACCCAGUCACAGGCGCUGUGCUGCGCUCCUUCGACCCGCUCGCUCCUCCGGGCGGCGGUGGCUUGUCCUUUUCUGCGACUAGUAAUGAUGGGAACGAGCAGGCGGACGGCCCACUGGCGGAGUGCCUGAAAAUGGCAGAAGAGGAGGGCGGUGGAGGCAUGGGCGUUGAUGGCGUUGGGUUCCUGGAAGGUUCUAGGAGCAGUGAGAGGGAGGUAGCAGGUGUAUUGCAGCAACACCAGCAGCAGCAGAAGAAGGAUGAGUGUGAUCGCCUGCUUGCCUCGUCCCUUCUGGUGCUCCGAACCGACUAUGUGGUUCGGGCGGUGGAGCUCAGGUCCGGCAAGCAGCGGUGGAACGUCAGCUUCGGCGAGCUGAGCCCCGUGAAUGGAGCUCUGCUGGGGCUAGCGGGAGGCGUGGGGGGGGGCGUGGGGGGCGGAGCACCAAUCGGGGGAGUUUUGGGGGGAGCGCUGGGGGCAGGAAGGGGAGGCGGAAGGGGAAAAUCAGGGAUGGAUCUUACAGGUAGAGGCGUGUUUGAUGGUCAUGGGAAUGAGGUGCCUAAACGACAGCUCUUGCCAUCCAGCGUUCCUGGAGAAGAUACGGACCCAGAAAUUGAUCUGGGUAUUGGGGCGGGGGGACAAGGGCAGGGGGGUAGAGACGAGAUUGGAGGUUCAGGGUUGGCAGGAUUCAACACAGGGUUGACCGCUGCAGCUACCACGAGUAUAGACCCAUCUGAAGAGGGUAAUUCUGACAUUUACUCAAUCCAGCUGACCAACUCGCAUAAUGGUCAGCAGGCAUGGCAGACGAAUUUUUCGUCUGCCCCGCUCGCAGCGUUCACGCCGUCGGGCAGGCUGGUGCAGGAAUUCGUGUCGCGCGAUUCGUCCAAGGACACGGGGCCCGGGCAGGUGCUGUAUGUGGGGCGAGUGGCGGGCAGUCCAUUCGCCCUCGUCACUCCCAGCACCACUGACGCACCGAACGCCGCUCUCCCCCUCCUCCCGGCCUCACCUCACUCCCCCUCGCCCUCCGAUGGCCUGCCUGUGGGCAUGUCUGCAGGCAUGUCGGGUGGUGGGGGAAUGGGGGGUGGUGGCGCGGUGGCGGGUAGGACAGGCAAGUUCACAGUCACAGAGCCGCCCAGGAUUGCAGGGACGCGAGGAGCAGGAGGUGCUGCUGGGGAAGCUGGUGAUGGGACUGGCGGUGGUGGUAGGGGCAGGGGUAGAAAUAGGGGCAGGUUAGGCACUGGUGGUGCUGGUGGUGGUGGCAGCGGUGGGGGUGGCAGUGGGGAUGACUCGCUGUACCCCAUAGUGGUGAGGGCGCCGGGGGCAACGGCUGCUCUGUAUGACGCCAUGGGGUGCGCUGACAGCCCUGCUGUGCACGGGGGCGCUGACUCGCCGGGCGCUGAGUAUGGAGCGCAGGGCCCCUGGAACGACCACCAGGGACAGCAACAGCAGGGAUACAGUAAGCACCAACAGCAGCAGCGGCAGCAGCAGCAGCAGCAGCAGCAGCACUACAGCAUGCAGCAGCAGAGAGCGCCAAGUCCAGUGGCAGCAGGCAGCGAGAGGAGCAGCAGCGCGGAUGGGGAGGACCCACUGGGAUGGACCGGCAUGAUCAGCCUGUGGGGGCGCGGCACUGGCGCCGGUGACACUAUUGGAGUUGCUAGUAACGCGGACAUGGAGUUUGGUGGAGGUAGAGGGGAGAAGAACCGCCGUCUGGGGCCCCCGAAGGACAUGGAGCCUGCGGUCGGGCCCCAGGCUCCGCCUACCCCGCCGAACCUCAUGACCUCGUUUGGGAUCCUCGCUGCCGCAGCUGCCACCCUGGCCGGGAUAGUCGCUGGCGCUUCGGUAUUCUCUUACUCCUCCUCUGCCCCAUCCUCCUCCUCUGCUGCGGCUGCGGCUGCAUCUGGCCGUGGCACCCCUGUAAGGAAUCAGAGGCUGAAGUCGCAGCAUAGGCAGGCCUCCUCCUCUCACCCUCACAGGCAUGCUUCACACAUGAAUGGUGCGCCCAGUGGCAGGGUGGCGUAUAGAGGAGGGGCUACUAACGAGGAUGGGCUGUCGUGGGUGGCACGAGGGUUGGUCGCGCUUCUGCCAGUUUCCUGGCAAGAGUGGGCGGCUGAGCGGUUAGGUGGGGACGGCAGUGGCAAUGGCAGCAGCAGCAGGAAACGAGGCAAGCAGGGAGCCGGUAGGAGGAACAAGAGUUCAGAAGGAGCAGCAGGCAGUGAAGCAGCAGCAGGGGGAGCGGAAGGAGUGCUGCUGGGCAAGCAGCAGGACGACCCGGCCAAUGGGAUCGCGCCACUUGGACAGGACGACCCAGGGGAAGCAGGAAAGGAGGACUCGGGGCAGGGCGAAUCUGGGGGGGGGAGGCUGAGCAGGCUUCUGGGAAGUGUGGGCAAGCUGGGCAGUGGAAGCAGGCAGAACAGCGCAGGCAAGGUGAUCUCCCGGCGAGGCAGCCGCGAUAAUGAAGGGCCAGGGGAGGGCGCGGGUGGGGGCGGGGCUGACAACGGCGCAGCAGGCGAGGGGGAGAGUGAGGAGGAACGGGAGGAGCGGGAGGAGGGGCGGUGGGUGGGGCGGCUGUUUGUAUCCCGGCGGGUGAUCGGGCACGGGAGCCAUGGGACGCUGGUGCUGGAGGGGCGGCUGGAGGGGCGGCAGGUGGCGGUGAAGCGGCUCCUGUCUCAGUUCUACGAGCGCGCGAGGCAGGAGAUUGCCGCGCUGAUUGCCACGGACGAGCACCCGAAUGUGGUGCGGUGCUUUGCCAUGGAGGAGGAUGAGUCGUUUGUGUAUGUCGCGCUGGAGCGCUGCGCCUUCAACCUCACUGAUCUCGUGCUUGCAUGCCGGGCUAGCCUCGCUGCCGCUAUGGCACCACCAGCACCGGCUGCUGCUGCUGCUGCUGCUGCUGCUGCUGCUGCUGCUGCUGGUGCUUCUGGUGCUGCUUCUGCUGCUGACGGUGCCGCUGGUGGCGCUGCUGCUGGUGAUGCUGCAGGGCCUUUCUCUGCUUCGCCCGCCUCCACCUCGUCCUCCUCCCACAAGCCUCCCACCAGCCCCUUCCAAACCUCCUCCUCCACCACUACCUUCUCCUCCUCCGCCUCCUCCUCUCACUCCUCCUCCUCCUCCUCGCUCCCUCUCUCCGACCCGCCUCUCCACCUCAAAACCCCCUCGCUCUCGCUCCGCCUCUCCCCAUCCUCUUCCGCCGAACGAGAAAUCAUAGCAGCAGCACUGGAGCGGGUACAGGCCUACUGCACCUCGCAGGGCGUGGGGGUGCAGGGGCUGUGCCUGUGGGACGACAAGGGCCAGCCAACACAACAGCUGGUGGGGUUGUUAAGGGACGUGGCUAGUGGGCUUGCGUAUUUGCAUGACCAGAGGAUUGUGCACCGGGACUUAAAGCCCCACAAUGUGCUCAUCUCGCUGCUGCUGCCCAGCCGGCACCGGCAGCGCGGGCAGUCACAGGCUAGGGCGAGUGCAGGAGUGGUUAGUGGGGCAGGCUCGGGCAGCAGCGGGUGGCAAGCGCCGGAGCAGCUAGAGGACGGGCCACGGCUGACGAAAUCAGUGGACAUGUUUUCGUUUGGGUGCCUGGUGUUCUUCUGUGUGAGCGGCGGCAGCCACCCGUUCGGAGAGUGGUUUGAGCGCGAUGCGAACGUGCUGGCAGGGAGGGCGGACCUGUUCCCCAUCGACCAUGUGCCUGAGGCACUGGAUCUCGUGGCUGCUCUGCUGGACAGGGAUCCUGAGAAAAGGCCCCCAGCGCACGAGGUGCAGAGGCACCCGUUCUUCUGGCCAGCAGAGCAGCGGCUGGCGUUCCUACGAGACGCCAGCGACCGCGUGGAGGGGGAAGACCGAGAGCUGCACUCGCCACUCCUCAACGCCCUAGAGGCAGUGGCGCCCAGGGCCAUAGCUCGCAAGGGGGGGAUUAGUAAAGCGCCUGGGGAGAAGGGUGGCGGGUGGAAUGAGCGUGUGGAUGGGGCGCUGCUGGGGAAUCUGGGGAAGUAUAGGCGGUAUAACUUCCACAGUGUGAGGGACCUGCUAAGGGUGAUUCGGAACAAGUGCAAUCAUUACCGGGAACUGCCGCCCGAGCUGCAGCGUGACCACGCCUCGACGUCUCUCCCUGUUGUUCGGCGGGCGUCUCGAUCGCGCGUGGUCAUGACGUCAGCGUCAGCGGCGGAUGGGGGGUCAGCGGCCGCAGCGGGCAGCGACGAGCUGGCGGAGUUCGUGUCGCGCGACAACCGUCGCAUGCUGCACGUCGUCUACCGCGUUGGGAACCUGGACGCCGCUAUCAAGUUCUACACGGAGUGUCUGGGAAUGAAGCUGCUGAGGCAGCGCGACAUUCCCGAGGAGAAGUACUCCAACGCCUUCCUGGGCUACGGGCCCGAGACCUCCACGUUUGUCGUGGAGCUCACCCAUAACUACGGGGUGGACUCGUAUGACAUUGGAGCGGGCUUUGGGCACUUCGGCAUCUCUGUUGAUGAUGUGUACAAGACGGUGGAGGUGGUGAAGUCGCGGGGCGGCAAGGUGACUCGCGAGGCUGGCCCUGUGAAGGGCGGACAGAGCGUCAUCGCUUUCGUUGAGGACCCGUCUGGGUACAAGUGGGAGAUUAUUCAGCGGCCACCUACUCCCGAGCCACUGUGUCAGGUCAUGCUGCGAGUGGGGGACCUGGACAGGGCAAUUAAGUUUUAUGAAAAGGCAUAUGGCAUGAAGCUGCUGAGGACAAGGGACAACCCACAGUACAAGUACACGAUAGCCAUGGUGGGGUAUGGGCCCGAGGCAGAGAGUGCAGUGGUGGAGCUCACAUACAACUACGGCGUUGAGUCCUAUGAAAAGGGCAAUGCCUAUGCACAGAUCGCGAUUGGAACAGACGAUGUGUAUAAGACAGCAGAGGCCAUUCGGGCGGCGGGCGGCACCAUCACUCGCGAGCCGGGCCCGAUCCCUGGCAUUAACACCAAAAUCGUGGCUUGCCUUGACCCCGAUGGGUACAAAACGGUGUUUGUCGACAACCAGGACUUCCUUCGUGAGCUGGAGGCCUUCGCGACGUACUGCCUGGUGGGCGGGUGUUGGGGCGUUCCUCUCUCGUUCAUCCUCGGUCCCUUGGCCUACUGGUUCACGUGUGUGCCGUGCUAUGCGGAGUCUAUUCGCCGCCAGCUGCGCCACAAGAAGGGGCUGCACGAACGACCCAUGGACGACUUUGCCGCCCACUGCUGCUGCCACCCCUGCGCGCUUUGUCAGGAGUACAGGGAGACCCGUGAGUUUGACUUGGAGCUGGUGGCAGGGCCAACACACCCCACAGUAGACCGACCACCAUCGGAAACUGCCAGGCAUCUGGAGCACCUGCAGGAGACGCAGCAGAUGGAGCGGUGA